AUGAAGGGUAAAUUCUGUCCAUGGGGAAAAGUUGUUACACUCAACUACAACAUAUCAUCUUUAUCUGACUACCGAGGUGAUUCAAUCCAACCUGUGGAUCUUACUGGAAAAGGUGGUGAUACAUUUGAUGUAUUAAUACUUAUUAUUGAUAAUGGUAUUUUUGAAGUAAAAUCAACAGCCGGUGAUACCUAUUUAGGUGGUGAAGAUUUUGAUAAUCAUAUAUCAGAAAAUGCACGUGCUCUUCGACGUUUGAAAACGGCAUGUGCAUUAGCUAAACGAACAUUAUCAACAUCAUUUCAAACAAUAAUUGAAAUCGAUUCUCGACACGAAGGUAUUGAUUUUCAUACAGCAAUAACACGAGCUCAUUUCGAAGAAUUAGAUGCUGAUCUAUUUCGUUCAACACUUGAACUAGUUGAACAAGCAUUACGUGAUGAUAAAAUGGAUAAAUCAAAUAUUCAUGAAAUAGUACUCGUUGAUGGUUCAACACAUAUUCCAAAAGUACACGAAUUACUACAAGAUUUCUUUCAUGAUGAAGAAUUACAUAGAUUCGUUAAUCAUGAUGAAGCUGUCGCUUAUGGUGAAGCUGUUCAAGCAGCUAUUUUGAAAGGUGAUAAAUCUGAUGAAGUUAAAGAUGUACUAUUACUGGAUGUUACAUCACUUUCAUUGGGUAUUGUAACAGUUGGCGGUGUUAUGACAACAUUGAUAAAACGUGGUUCAACUGUUCCAACACGACAAACACAAACAUUUACAACCUAUUCAGAUAAUCAACUUAGUGUUAAUAUUAAAGUUUUUGAAGGUGAACGUCCCAUGACAAAAGACAAUCAUUUACUAGGAAAUUUUGAACUGGCUGGUAUUAUUCCACCGGCAUCACGUGGUGUACCAAAAAUUGAAGUUACAUUUGACGUUGAAUAUGAUGGAAUAUUAAAUGUAUCUGCUGUUGAAAAAUCAACUAUUACAUCAUCUCUUAUAAAUAAUAAACCAGUGAAAAUUAAAUAUGUUCGUGUUAUUCGUAAAGAUGCCAUUUAA